AUGGCCUCACGAACCUCUCCUUUCAAUCUGGCCACAUGCGCCCGGCCUAACAUCCUCGCAUUGCAACCUUACCGAUGCGCCAGAGAUGACUACAAAGAUGAUGGGACAAACGUCCUUCUCGAUGCCAACGAGAAUGCCUUCGGUCCUUGCCUUGCCCUGAAUAGCGAGGGUGCAUUGCAGGCCUCCUCGUCUGGCAAUGCCACGGGAGCCUCCAAGCCGGAGAUUGACUUUCUCGGUCUGAACCGCUACCCCGAUCCUCACCAAAUCGAGCUCAAGCAGCUCUUCUGCAACCUCCGCAAUACCCACCACCACACCCCCAAGACCCUCCUCCCCGAGCACAUGUUCUGCGGUGUCGGCUCAGACGAAGCCAUUGACGCACUACUGCGUUGCUUCUGUGUGCCCGGCAAAGAUAAGAUCCUCACCUGUCCCCCGACCUACGGAAUGUACAGCGUCAGCGCGCAGGUCAACGAUGUCGAGAUCGUCAAGGUACCACUUGACACCACGAACGGAUUCCAGCUGCAGGUGGAUAAAGUCAACGAGGCCCUGUCUGCCGACCCAUCCAUCAAAUUGGCGUACAUUUGCUCGCCGGGCAAUCCGACCGCAAACCUGAUCCGCAAGGAGGACAUCCGCAAGGUCCUCGAGCACCCGACAUGGAAUGGCGUGGUGGUCGUUGAUGAGGCCUACAUCGACUUUGCGCCCGAGGGAUCUAGCUUGGCCGAGUGGGUCACCGAAUGGCCCAACCUAGUUGUCAUGCAGACCCUGAGCAAGGCAUUCGGUUUAGCGGGCAUCCGCCUCGGAGUGGCCUAUGCGAGCGUGGAGAUCGCGCGUCUACUGAACAGCCUCAAGGCCCCAUAUAAUAUCUCCAGCCCCACAAGCGCGCUGGCCUCCGCCGCACUGACAGCACCCAACAUGGCGGUGAUGCACAGCUAUCGUGCGCAAAUCAUCGCGCAACGCGACCGUUUGCUCCGGGAGCUACCGGCAAUUCCCGGGGUGGGCCAGUUCCUUGGCGGCAGUGACUCGAACUUCUUGCUCGUGCAGAUGCUUGAUGCCGAGGGCCGACCGAGUAACGUGAUUGCGCUAGCAGCGUACGAGGCCAUGGCAGAGAAGCGUGGCGUGGUGGUCCGUUUCCGUGGCAAGGAGCUUGGUUGUGAAGGCUGUCUUCGUAUCACGGUCGGAACGGAGGCUGAGGUCUCUAAGUUCCUCCAGGAGCUACGGUUUGUACUGGGUGGGCUACGUGCUGGGGCUGGGGUUGAGUCGCUUCGGGACGAGACGAGGCGGGAGGAUGCGGCGGCGGCUGUGGUUGGAUGA